CCUUAUUAACGCCGCAGCUCAAGCCUCCCUCCGCCCUUCACAAGUGCAUAUUUUAGGGGAAUUCAUUUCAUCGCACUUAUGUCUCCACCUCUCCAGUUUGACAUUCAUCUGUAGCAUUUCUUCCUCUUUAUACUCACUAAUCUCUAUCUUAAUAUUUACUGGAGGCCUUGACGGGGGUUCUUGAAGAACAGCCAGUCUAGCGCUGAAAUCUGCCUUUCUCCACUGUUUCACUGGCCACGAUGCGGUCCUUCCUCCUCGCGCUCUUUGCUGGAGCCGCAAUUGUUUCUGCGUCAGGAACAGAGUGUGCACAAAACAAUCUCAGUGAACUUGUUUCAAGGACGAACUGCGGAUGCUCGAAAUCGAUUACGGCAUGUCUCGGUAGAGGUGUUGAUCUCGAGUCAUUGGAGGAGAUCGAACAAUGCUUUGUUGGUGGGGGAUGUUCAGGCGUGAAUGCCGCGGUGGAAGCAGUGAUGUUCGCACAAGAGUGCCACAGAGAGAGACGAGCAGAAGAUCGAGAAGAUUUGAGGAAAAGGCAAGCAACGAAUACUAAAACGACCAAUGCAAAGACCACUGCAGCGGAUGCGAAGACGACAACGAGCGCCGAAGCAACGACAACCUCUGACGCCUCAUCCACAACCGUAGCACCCUCUUCGACCACUGCAGCUCCCUCCUCUACAACUUCUGCAGAUAGCACGACCACCGAUGGCACUACGAGCACGGAUAGCACCACUACGACUUCGGCGGCAUCAGCGAUAACUUCAGGGGCAGAGAGCUGCUACGUAACAAGCAUAAAAUCUACAUCGGCAUGCUCAGUCCAUGCCGGAACAACUGUGACCUGCAUAGCCACGACAACCGCAAUCCAAUCCUGCGCUCCAGGAAUGCUAUGCUUCUCCCCCACCGCCGGCGCCAACAGCUGCAUGACGAAACAAGACAAACUCAGCACCUCCGGCCUCAUCGUAACCAUCAUCUUCGCCGGCGGAAUCGGCGCCGCGCUCAUCGCAUGGGCUAUCCUCUGCCUGCGAUCUCGCAACCGAAACAAGCGCCAGGAACAACUCCGCAGAAUGAUGGCGAGCAGUGGGAAAGGGCAAGACGUCGAAUCUAUCUCCCCGUUCGCCACCAGACAACAUAUGCGCAGCAGGUUGGGUACUUUGAGCAUGGACCUACAGGAAAUGCGUCUCCUCCGGUACCGAAGAUACAUCGUGGGGCUGAAGCGUUGGGACAGGAGAAUAGAAUAUAGGGGAUACAGGAGUGGCAUCAGCGAGCAAGGCGCACGGCAUUUAUGUAUGAUAUGAGCAAAUAUCGGGCUGUAUAAUUGUUUAUUGCGGGCACGGAGUUGGCUUAAGCGUUCCAAAUUGUAGAGUUUUGACUCUUU